UAUUUAUUUUAAUUUAAUUAAAUUUUAAUUAAGUUUGAAUUAUUAAUAUUUAAAGAAUGGUAAGAACAAAAGCAGAUCGUGUUCCUACAAAAGCUGUUGGUAGCAAAGCACCACAUAAAUCUGUAAAAAGUACAUCAAUCAAAAAAACAAAUGGUAAAGGAAAAAGUUAUUCAGGUGGUAAUCCAUAUCAUCCAAGAGAAACUCCAGAAUGGCAAAAACCUAUUACAUGUUUCCUCAAUCAAAAUUUUUUGAAAGAAUCUACUGAUGUUUCAGAAAUUCAGGAUGGUGGUGAAGGGACUAGUAAAGAAGUAGAAAAUGAAACGGAUUAAAAAUAUACAAUAAUGUUAUUAACCAAUUAUAAUAUCAUAUUAUUAUUUUUAAUCAUUAA